UAAUAUGGGACGUGCAAAGAUGUGUUGUUUAUAAGGUUAUAGCCAUUCAAGUUGCUGUUUCUUCGGCAGUAUUCAUUCAUUUGGAUUCUGUACAUUUGCAAGUUAUCUCCUCUUUCUUAUCAAAAAAAGGCCAAGGAAGCGCAUUUUAAUUUGCAAUUCUUAUCAUGUGAUAAGUUUUUCUUUUUUUCUGUGGACAAUUUUAUUAACAACCACCACCUUCCGCUAAUGGUGAAUGUGUUGGCUAGCUAGAGGGAAGUAGAAAUGGCUUACAAGGUGGAUCAUGAGUAUGAUUAUUUAUUCAAGAUUGUUUUGAUUGGAGAUUCAGGUGUCGGAAAAUCUAAUAUUCUCUCCAGAUUUACGCGUAAUGAAUUCUGUUUGGAGUCUAAAUCCACCAUUGGCGUCGAAUUUGCAACUAGGACCCUUCAGGUAGAAGGAAAGACAGUAAAGGCACAAAUAUGGGACACAGCAGGGCAAGAAAGGUACAGAGCCAUAACGAGUGCUUAUUACAGAGGAGCAGUGGGAGCACUCUUGGUUUAUGACAUAACCAAGAGACAAACUUUUGAAAAUGUGCACCGAUGGCUCCGCGAGCUCAGGGACCAUGCUGACUCCAACAUUGUCAUCAUGAUGGCUGGAAACAAGUCCGAUCUGAACCAUCUUCGAGCAAUUCCAGAUCAAGAUGCAAGACUCUUGGCUGAGAAAGAAGGGUUAUCAUUUCUUGAAACCUCUGCAUUGGAAGCUUUAAACGUUGAGAAGGCGUUUCAAACGAUUUUGUUGGAUAUUUAUCAGAUAAUCAGCAGAAAAGCUUUAGCAGCUCAAGAAGCAGGUGCUACUCCUGGUCAAGGAACUGUUAUUAAGGUUGGAGAAAGUUCAGGCAAUACCAAUAGUAGACCAUGUUGUUCCAACUAAAAAAUGG